AAAGUCGAAGCGUGAGUCGGUGAACGGAAAUGGCACUUCGAAACCUAAUGACGCGAAAAUCCUUCACCAGAGCUUCGACGGCUUUCCGGCAGCAGCAACGCGGCUUGCAGACCUUCACGCUUCCAGAUCUUGAUUACGAUUACGGUGCCCUUGAGCCGGCCAUCAGCGGAGAGAUAAUGCAGCUCCAUUACCAAAAGCACCACCAGGCUUACGUCACAAACUACAAUAAGGCGCUGGAGCAGCUCGAAGAGGCCAUUAAUAAGGGCGAUGUGUCCACCUCCGUCAAAUUGCAGUCCGCCAUCAAGUUUAACGGCGGAGGACAUGUAAACCAUUCAAUUUUCUGGAAGAACCUUGCUCCUGCUCAUGAAGGAGGAGGUGAGCCUCCAAAAACCUCUUUGGGUUGGGCUAUUGACACUAAUUUUGGCUCCUUGGAUGCCCUGAUUCAAAAAAUGUCUGCAGAAGGUGCUGCUCUACAAGGUUCUGGCUGGGUGUGGCUGGGUUUGGACAGAGAACUGAAGCACCUUGUGGUAGAAACCACCCCAAACCAGGAUCCAUUGGUUACUAAAGGACUAAACCUGGUGCCCCUCCUGGGCAUAGAUGUUUGGGAACACGCAUACUACUUACAGUACAAGAACGUGAGGCCAGAUUACUUGAAGAACAUAUGGAAGGUUAUAAACUGGAAGUAUGCAAGUGAGGUUUACGAAAAUGAGUGCCCCUCACCAUUUGCCUCAGGCAGAACUUGAUACAUUCAUCAAAGUGCUAGGCUUAGUUAAUAUGUUCAGAAAGAAAAUAAGGACAAUUGAACCUUUUGAGUGUUGUUUAUUUGGUGGUUUUGUUCUCUGUAUUGCAGUAACCAAAGAGACGUUGUUCUGGAAUUUAGCCUGUCGUACUGUGUGAUCUUGUUCCCUAGAUAUAUUGCACUUCUUUAUGCAAGUUUUCUGUUUAUUUUGUAUUGUAUGGUAAAAAUGCUACAUAACUUAUACGGAGUAUUUUAAUAAACUAGGAGGCCCUUUUGGUCACCUUAUUGUGCUUAUGUG